AUGGAACAUGCCAACCCUACCUCGGCCGCGGACGUAUGGUCUCUAGGUGUGCUUUUAUAUACCUGCAUCUGCGGCUUUCCACCAUUCUCUGAAGAAUUCCAGUCGGAGGAGUACCCCCUCAGCCUGAGGGAGCAGAUUAGAACCGGCACUUUCAACUAUCCAUCCCCCCAUUGGGACCCUAUCGGCGACCCAGUCCUUGAUCUAAUAGACAAAAUGCUCAUCGGAGACCCUAUAGGCCGGUUCACGAUCGAGCAGUGCCUGAGUCACCCGUGGAUCACCCAGCUUAGUCCUGACGGAACUGACAGCACAAGCGAAAUCAACAAGGUGAAUGUGGAUCCAAGGCGUCGUGGCAUUGGAGUAGAUGGAGCCGUUGGCGUCAUUGUAUCGAACAACGUGCGGGAGGAGGUCGGAUCUCCCAAGAUUGAUGACGACCUUUUGGAGGAUAAUGUCGUCAGACCAUCUCAUGUUUCGAAUAAUAGCAGCAUCACCGGCUCGGUCAACCCAGAACGCGAAGUUGCCCGUGGUGACGCCAUCGUCGGGGCCGGGGGACGGCAAAACGCCUACCCCGAGGAGGGCAGUGGUGGUGAGGGCCUGGGACUCACGGCGUUGAAGAAUCUGCGGGACGAGGGCUUUGACGCUGUGGCCUUUGAGAGACGGGGCGAAGUUGGCGGGCUGUGGUCGUACAGCAACAACACGGCAUUCACCACGGCGUUGAGUGACACGCUCUGUAAUAUUAGCAAGUUUCUCUCCUGCUUUAGCGACUUUCCGGUUCCACCAGCUUGCCCGACGCAUCCGGUGCAAGGUGACGCAGUCGACUACUUCAAAUCAUACGCCACGCAUUUUAACCUUUAUGACCAUAUUCGAUUUAGUACCACGGUUAAGAAAGUCGUCCGGAAUGCUCCCGACACCGCGUGGGACGUGUACAUAACCAACGCGGAUGGGGACAGCAUCCUCUCGUUUGACAAAGUUGUUUUCGGCCAUGGCGGCGAGACAAUACCAAAAUGGCCGUCGAUGCCGAAUCGAGACAGGUUUAAAGGUCUUGUCAUUCAUGGUCAAGCUUACAGAGAUCCUACGCGUUUCAAAGGCAAGAAGGUCCUCGUCGUAGGCUUCGGCAACACAGCCUGCGAAGUAUCCCUCAACCUCCUCGGCCACGCCGCCAAAAUCUACCAAUCCUACGGACGCGGCCGCCUCCUCCUCUCCCGCUACGACAACGACGGAGUCCCCAUGGAUCUAAAUUUCACCUGGCCCGACCUGCGCCUAAAGUAUCUCCUGGACUACGCGGCACCCUGGCUCAUGAAACCCCUCACGGACAAGUUUCUCAUCAACACUAUGAUUCGCGCCGCUGCGCGGUCCGAGCCCGUAGAAGCAGGUGUUUCGUAUUCCCAACGGUUGAAGCGCACGGAGAAGAGGAUGCGGGAGGACUGGCACAUGUUGCCGUGUACGAGCAUGGCGCAUAUUCACCCCGUUGUCCAGGAGGACUACAUUCCUGCGGUACGUAGGGGUGAUAUCCUGCCCGUGAAGGCGUUUCAGGACUUUGCCGGCGAGAAGGAGGUUCUUUUAACGGACGGCACCGUAAUAGAGGUUGAUGCCGUGGUCUUUUGCACGGGAUACAAACUUGACCUUAGCAUCAUGCCCGAGCUGGAGAUGGAUGGUGCGUGUGGGGUGCCACUCCAAACUGCCGAGCAGAUUGCCCAAGCGCAAACAACAGGCCAAAACGGAGCAGGCAGCAAAAGCAGCAACAGUUCCAAGCAAGAACCUCACCUUCCCCGUCUAUAUCAGAUGAUGUUCCCACCGCGCUGGGCUUCAUCGAUCGCUAUUCUAAGCUGGAUGUCCGCCCAAGAAAGCCGCUGGGCCAUUCUCGAACUUGCUUCGAUGGCCCUGAGCCAGAUAUGGGCGGCCGAAACAGCCAAGAUUUCGGCGUCUCAAGCGCCUCAAGGCAAAUACCGCAAACCCGCGUUGUUACCGUCCGAAACGGAGAUGAACGCCGAGGUCGACCGAUAUCACGCGUGGUGGCGCAAAGAAUGGAAUGCGGAUCGAUCCAUCCUGCAAGGUUUCGUCCGAGGUCACUCGUUCUACCGAUUUCUUCACGACGCUGCCGGAACCGGCAUGUACGAACAUAUUGACCACAUUUUGAGCGGUCGGGGAUGGCGGCUGCGGUCGCAGGAUCGCGAGCUUUGGACGUGGCUGGCCAAGGGGCCGUUGAAUAGCUAUUCAUGGCGCCUCUUUGAGACGAAUCCGCAGGGGAUUCCGGGGUGCGGCCGGAAGGCGUGGCCCGAGGCUAGAAAGGCGGUGCAAGAAGCUUAUGAGAUGUGUGAAGAUUAUAAACGACAGAUACGAAACAAGUCAAAGGACGAGUAA